CCGGAAGUUUCCGCUGCCGGAGCCAGAUCACUUCCGGGUCGUUGGCUCCGCUUCGUCCCCCUCCUUUUUUUCUUCGGCCACGCCGCAGGUGGGAACCGGCUUACAUCCGGCUCCCUUCACAGUUCACCCUUCAGCGCUUACGGCCGAGAGAUGUUGCUGAGGAGCUGGCAGGGCCCCGGAGCCUCCCUGGGGUUGCCGGCGGCGCUGCUGCUGCUGCUGCUGCUCAACUUGGGCUGGUCUGUCCGCGCCUCGGAGAUCACCUUCGAAUUGCCAGAUAACGCCAAGCAGUGCUUCUAUGAGGAGAUCGUGCAGGGCACCAAGUGUACCCUGGAGUUCCAGGUGAUCACUGGAGGGCAUUAUGAUGUUGACUGCCGCUUAGAAGAUCCAGACGGCGUUGUGCUAUACAAAGAGAUGAAGAAACAAUACGAUAGCUUCACCUUUACUGCAUCCAGAAAUGGGACGUACAAGUUUUGUUUCAGCAAUGAGUUUUCUACCUUUACACACAAAACAGUGUACUUCGACUUCCAGAUUGGAGAUGAUCCGCCUCUGUUUCCUAGCGAAAACAGAGUUACUGCACUUACUCAGAUGGAGUCGGCAUGUGUUUCAAUUCAUGAAGCUCUAAAAUCUGUCAUAGAUUCCCAGACUCAUUUUCGGUUGAGAGAAGCACAAGGCCGCAGCAGAGCAGAAGACUUAAACACACGGGUGGCUUAUUGGUCAGUAGGAGAAGCCAUCAUUCUUCUUGUAGUUAGCAUUGGGCAGGUAUUUCUUCUCAAAAGCUUCUUCUCAGACAAAAGAACCACCACAACUCGUGUUGGAUCAUAACUCAUGUUGAGAACAUGAGUUUGUAAAACCCACUGUUUGUAAAAAUAUAUAUGUAUAUAUACUGUUCUUCAAAUAAUUUCUAGUUACAAAGCAAUGAAACAUGGGGAACAUUUUUAAGUACCUUUGCCCUUCUUAAAGUUGCAAAACACAUGCUCCCAAAAGUUGUGGGAGAAAAUAGCUUUUUAUGUGUGAUAUAUUGGUUUUCUCCUUCUGCUGAUGUAGACAUCUAAAUUAAGGUUGCUUUUUAAAACAAAAAAACAACCAUUGAGACUAUUUGGUAGGAGCACAGUGCUUUCAAGAAAAUUCUUUGAAUGAUGAUUUGGAAGAUUGUCCA